UGGUCGUCGGGCAUGGAUUGGGGCACACUCUACCACGACACGGGCGACAGCCUCGUCCAGUCGCAGCGCUCCAGCCUCGCACUCUUACCGAUGGCUGCGACGACGACGCGCAGCUGGGCCUCGAUGGACGAUAACGCCCACGACGUGGCCGAGACGCGCUCGUCGCGCGCCGCGCACCAGCUCAUCUCGUUCUCGCUGUCGCGGUCCAUGAGCUUCCAAGUGCUCGAGUACGACGUCGACAGCGCGUACUCGCCGCUCGUCGCGUACUCGUUCACGGUCAACUACAUCCUCGGCGUCGGCAGCCUCGGCGUACCGUACGCCUUGUACCACGCGGGUCUCCUCUUCGGCUCGAUCAUGCUCGUCGUCGUCUCGUGGCUUUCGUACAUCACCGUUAUGUGGGUGAGCGAGACUACAGUUCGAGGGCGCGAGCUCGACGCGAUGAACACGCACACCAAGCUGCUCGUUGACCCGAUGCACUUUCCCGAAGUCACGACGCUCUGCGAGCGCUUUCUGGGCCAUUGUGGCGCACGCAUCUACCAAAUCUCGCUCCUCGGCUUGAUGUACGGCGGCCUCAUCGGCUACGCACAAGUAUUUGUCAACAGCAUCGCGUCGCAGCUCGCGUCCUUGGCCAUCAGCAACGUGGCGGUCGCGAUUGUGUUUGGCCUCAUUGUCGUCCCACUCUCGUGCGUCGAUCUCAACGAGCAGAUUCACGUCCAAGUGGGCAUGGCCGUGCUGCGCUUCGUUGCACUGCUCACCAUGAUUGUCAGCGCCGCCGUGGCCAUGUGGACAGACGCCGCCGACAGCGGCAGCGCCACGGCGACGACGACGCCCACGACCGUCUUUUCCCAGUUGUUUCAACACUCGGUGCCCGGACUUCUUGCGCCGCUCUCGCGUGCCAACCAGCCAAAAGCCGCGCAGAUCUUUGGCAGCGCGCUCGUGACGACGACGCUCUUUUACCUCGGUCUUGGGCUCACGUGCUGCUACUACUUUGGCGACCGCAUUAGCUCGAGCGUCAACCUCAAUUGGGCCAACUUUACGUGGGGUCUGGACCCGGUGCCGGUCUGGGCGCGCUGCCUCACGGCGCUCGUCGUUUUGUUUCCGGCGCUUGAUACGCUCAGCGUGUUUCCGUUGAUUGCGAUCACGCUCGGCGACAACCUCGCGGUCUCGCUGCGGCAGUGCAGCACGUUCUUAAGCCGGAGCCAGGUGCGCAUCUUUUGUCGCCUCGUCGCGGCGCUCCCGCCCCUCGUCAUUGCCGUGCUCGUCUCAGAUCUGAGCGUGACGCUGCAGAUCUCGGGCGUCUUUGGCGUCUACGUGGCCUUCCUUGCACCAGCGCUGUUGCAAUUCGUGGCGCGCCGCGAGGACCCACGCAACAACAUGUACUCGGGUCGUUUCAGCGGCGACCCCUAUAUCUAUUUGGUGCUGCUCUUUGGCGUCGUGGCCUUUGGUAUCCUUAGCUUCCAGAUCGGCACGCAAGGGGUCUAA